CACCAGUCCCGCGUCACGACUCGCGACGCUCGUUAUAACUUAUAAUUUUUUAAAGUUUCUGCAAAUAAUUUAAACCUUUACCGUUUAGAUGUAAAUUUAAAGUAUUUGGUUUCAGUGGUUUCACACUUUUAGCUAAUCAGGUAUACUUUUUGGCGUUCACUCUCCAGUGACUUCAUAAAAGAAGAACAACAUAGUAUGAUCGCAAAGUCCACUCAGUCCAGAUUUGAUUCAAGUCCACAAUAAACUUUACUUAUUUACCCAUAUUAUCAUAAUAUUAUUGUCAUUAAAUUAUUAUAACUAUACACUACGCUACGUGACGUCCCUACCGAAGGAUUUGACCGACAAAAAGUUACGAUCAUACCUUGUUGUUUAUAUCAUGAGUAACUCAGUGUCUCAGUCUAUUGUUAGUUGUUACUACUAUAGUUAUAAAUAAUAAUCAUUAAAUUGACCUAUUGGUCUUAUCCUCGUGAUAAGGAUGUCUGCCUUUACAACACCUCGCAAGUCUCUUCGGUUACGUAAUAAAGAACCGUCGCCGUUUUUAAUAAAUCGAAAACGUGAAUUAUUCCCAGUGGAUAACUGGGAUGAAGACAGCCAUGACAUAACUCCUUUACAAUCAUCUCCUGAAGUGUAUGAUCCUGGACUUGAUACUCCAGAUUCAUCAUUUAACAUGAAUCGCACUCCAAUCACUGAAUUAAGUCCCACUAUGAGUGAUCAAUUUGAAAGACUUAUGUCAGGAUCAAAGAAUGGACAUAAAUGUUCAGCAACAAUUGUUAUCGAGGAAACUCCAAAUUCUAGACAAAUUAAAAAUGUUAACACAACACCGUUUGAAUCAGAGACUAACAAAGCUGCUAAAACUCCUUCAAAGAAAAGCUUUAGUUUAGAUAAUAAGACUGUAUCAGGAGUAAAAACGUUAUCCUUUUAUGGAAGAAAUCAAAUAUCAUUAGAAGAUCUUCGUGUGAAAAGAUUUACUCGCUUAAAUUGUAAUCCAAAGGUAAAAUCUAAGCUGUUUAAAGAUAAAAAAUCAACGAGUAAGAAAAGACCAAGAUCAACCAAUCAAGAAUCAAAAUCCAAGAUAAUUUUGUUUCCUGGUGUUACAUUGCCAUUUAAAAAGAAAACUACAACUAAAAAACUAUUCAUCGAAACUGAAUUAUGUGAAGAAAAACAUGAUUUAAUUGAAAACAAUGAAGUAGUUAAGAAAAACAGUUUCGAUUUUUCUAAACCAUCUUCUUCAAAAAACGUCUGGACAGAAUAUAUUAAACAGGAAAAACCCGAACGUAUAAAUAUUGAGGAUUCUGAUAAUAGAAAAUUUUUCAAAUCAAAAGUAAUUUAUAACGAUACACCAAACAAAAAAGAUAAUAGCUUUAACUUUAAAGUUGUAAACUGGGGCGAAGAAAAUAGGAUGAGCACUGUUGAUCCAUCUGAUUUUAAUAACACUGAAAUACUUGAUGAUGGUGCAAUCGAACAAAUUGGACAAGAAGUUAAUGAAUUAAUAGAAUUGUUGGAUGAUGAAGAUGACGAUGACGAUUCUACAGCUGUACGUUACCCUGGUCUUACAUCAAAUUCUACAAAAAGAAAUCAUGAAGAUCGGGAUGAUGAAGAUUCAUUUAAAGGGCUAGAUUCAAAACGUUUGAAGUCAGAUGUACAAAGCCACAACCCUAUCAUUUUCAGAAGUCAAAUGCCAGAUUUGAUUAGAGAUACUUAUGCUGUCGAUGGAAAUUAUCAUUCAGCUUAUUCAUCACACAAAGAUGUGUCAAGUACGUUUGAAUCUAAUAAUAUGGUCUUAGAUGAAUCAAUAGAUGCUUCUAUAAUUUUAAAUGAAUCACCACAAACAAAGUUAUUCCCUAUUUUUACCAAACAAACACCUUCACCUAGUCAUGUUGCAUGUGGAAAACCUUCAGCACGAAGAAUAAAAAGAAUUAUUGAUGCUACUCAGUAUCAAAUUGAUGCAGGUCAAAAGAAAUUUGGUGGUUUUUUGUGCCAAGAUUGUGGUCUUUAUUAUUCAAGGGGUGAACCAGAAGAUGAAGCAGAACAUGAUAAAUACCAUGUAGCCAAGAAUAUCUUUAAGUAUAAUAGCUUUAAAAAUGAAAAAGUUCUUUAUCAGAACACUAAUGAACGUAUUGUUGUUAUAUCUGGCUCAGAUCCUAAAAUAGCAUGCACUAAAGCUUUAGAAGUUAUAUCAUUUGUUGAUGUAGAACUUGGCUUUAACACACAAAACUCUAUUUUACCUACGACUAAAAAGGUUUAUUUGUAUAUAAAAGACAAACAAGUAAUAGGAUGCCUAGUAGUAGAACUUAUAUCUGAGGCUUAUCGUAAUCUGGAAACUGAAACAGAAGACAUGGUAAUUGUUUCUGAAGAAUCAUAUCCUGUAAAAGUCGGUGUUAACCGUAUAUGGACUAAAUUGGACUGUCGUAAAAAUGGAAUUGCCUCAAAACUUCUAGACUGUUUCCGUAAAAACUAUGCGUAUGGUCAUAUAUUGACACUUCAUGAAAUAGCAUUUACAGUACCCACGCGUGCCGGAAAACAAUUCAUUAAAAAAUACACUAACAAAAAUGAUUAUUUUGUCUAUACUGGGUGGUAAUUAUGAGUUUUCAUUCUCAACAGUUAUUUUUUUAUUAUUUGUUAUUUUUUUUUAUUGUUAACACCUAGUAUUAAAAUAUGAUAUUUUUAUAAAAUUGUAAUAUUUAUGUUUAACCAAGUUUUUAACAGUAGAAACUUAUUUAAUUAGCAGAUCAUUAGCUUCUUUUCAAAUACACUAGUUUAAUGUUUUCAUAACUAAUGACAGUUAAAAUUCCAUUUUUCUACUUAUCUAAUUACAGUAGCGUAGCCAGGAUUUUUCUUUGGAGGGGGGGGGGG